AUGCCUCAUACCUCUCACGUAUUUGCCAACCCCUACGAGGCCUACCCUCCCAACGACCUCAUCUACCCCAACGAACGGGUCAGCUCCUCCCACCCUCGGCUGCGCUACCUCGUCUACCGCUGGGUCCGCCUGGCCGACACCCUCGGGUGGCGCUACGUGGCCGUCGCCGGCACCCUGCUGGCCGCGCUUCGCAAUGGGCGCAUCAUCCCGUGGGACUCCGACCUCGACGUCGCCAUCGACCGCGAGACGGGCGAAAAGAUACGAGACCUCGCGGCUGGGCACCUUGACCCUCAGGCCAGCGGUGGGCAGCUGUGGUCCUCCCUCGAUGGCGUCUCGAUCGAGUGGAACACGGCGGUGGCGCACCAUCAGCCCUGGCGCGACGGCGAGGUCCGCCUGAUAGUCAAUCAGCACCGGGCUAUGGACCUCCCCGGCGACGGUCUUCGCUACAACCUCACCGGCGAUGUCGUGCCCUCGCAGGAGGACUCGGUCUCGUUCGUGGGUCCGUUCGCCCGGCUGGUCACCUACAUCGACGGGCACACCGCGCACAUGGACGUGUUCUGCGUGGAAGAGUUCGCGGGCCGGUACGGCACCGACGCGACCGAGGUGGGACCGCAGCGGGCAAGUUUCCCCCGGAAGAUCGUGCCGUGCCCUCUGGAGGGACAAAUGAUGUGGUGCCCCUCGGCGGAGGACUACGAACCGAUGCUGCAGCACGCCUACGGGAAAGACUACAUGGCGCCGAGCCAGUGA